AUGAAAUUCGCAGUGAUGCUAUUAGAAACUCUAGUCGUGAUCAGCCCGCUAUGCGCCUUUCGGUUACCCACCACAGGCAACGGGGCCCUAGCCAACGAACUGCAAGACUUCUUUGAUCUGCUGCCUUUAGAGAAAAUCAUAGCAGUCACUAAAGCCUACCAUGUCCAGGACAAACAAUUCCAGGCGAUGCUCAGCCUUGUACAAUCCAAUGAGGGGAAAUUAUUCGUCCAAGACGUAGAAGCUGAUCCAGCUUGCAAGAAAUUAUUGAACUACAUGCAAGAUAAUGGCCUCGACAUUUAUUAUCUGUUGAACAAAUUGAAUGAAUCCUUGGACAUCCCGCAUAUCCAGCCUAGGAGUGUCACGGAGAUCACUGGAGGAAUCAUUGGUUACCUGGAGGAUGUUGCUGCACUGAUUCCCCUGGGAGAAUUUACCAAAGUGUACGAAGAUAAACGAAAACAUUCGAAGGUGUUUAAUGACUACGCAAAGACUUUCUUGUCUGAAGAGAACAUCAAGUUCUACCUUUCGCUACACAAGAAUGUACACUUUAAGAAUGUGGAGAAGAGCGCUGGCGAGAUUGGUAUCGAACAGGCUGCAUUCCGGCAGAGCUAUCUGUUUUUCGUUGUAAUUUCAGGAGUCGUUGGUAAAAUGUAA